AUGGAUAUCUUUGGAACGGUGGUGACCUCCGUGGACAUUAUCAUCAAGUUUCUCCGCGCGAGUGCCGCCUACUCCGACGAUGCAGAAUCACUUCUGCACCGCUUUAACUGGGACCUGCGUGUCAUGAAAAGGAUCAUCGAGUAUUUCGAAGACAUUGUCGAGAUACUCUUCAACCUCAAAAUGGCUGACCGAGUUGACUUUAAGUGUGUGAAACCUGCAUCCUUGGUCUGCUGGUCUGCAUCUAACGAACAUUCCAUAAACCUGAAAAGGGAGAAACUAUAUGCGGAGGAUGAUUCCAUUCCCCAAUCUCAGCAGAAGUGCUAA